AUGAUCCGAAGACCUCACAAGAAGUCGCGCAAUGGAUGUCAUGGUUGCAAAAAGAGGCGAAUCAAGUGUGACGAGGAAAAGCCCCGCUGCCAGAGAUGUGUCUCACGUGAUAUCACAUGUCAUUACCCACGAUUACCAUCUCUUGUCUGGGUUGGUGAUCCAUCUACGUCAGAAACAAACAGUACAGCAUCAAAUGACAAUAACCCUUCACCUCCAGCUUACAGCUCAACUCCUCAAAAUGAGGAAGCUUUGGCUUCGGACACGAAAACCCCAUCCCUCAAUCUCGAAAACGUAGAUCUGAUAAUCCACUGGUUCACGAAAACCGUGUACACAGUGAAUCCACCCAAUAAUGUCCACGCUAUCAAACAAUCACAAACUCUCAUCUUGAAUGAAGCAAUGGAACAUCAUUUUCUUCUCCAUGGACUCCUUGCUCUAUCAGCUCUUCACUACGCAGAAUCCCAUCCAGACCCUCAGAAAUAUAUCGAGAUCGCCACGGCACAUCACACCCGGGGGCUUACUCUUUACCACUCCAUCCUCUCAAAUAUGAACAAAGGGAAUGAUGUUGCCAGUAUUGCUUUCUCGAGUAUUACUGCUAUGUUUGCUUUUGGUCUCGCCAAGCCCGACGCAAAGAAAGAGGCUUCAGUGGGAUUGAUUGACGACAUGGUUCAAGCAAUUUCUUUAUCUAAAGGUUGGCAGAUUGUUAUGCAUGUGCGACGGGGGCUAGAGUCGCCUUCCCCUCAGAGAGAACAGGUCACUCUGUCACCGGAUGCAGAAGCUGCUUUUGAUCGACUAUAUGCUUUGAGCCAAGGGCAAAACGAAACACUCUAUACAACAGCAAUCACUUCUCUAAAAUCCGUUUUCAAGAAGACGGAAGAAGGACAAACUGAUAACCCGCAUCUAUCCGGCGAAUGGGGAGGCGGGUUGCAAGAAGAAUUCUUGAAAAUGAUCAGGGCUAGAGAUGCUCUUGCUCUGGUGAUUGUGGCAUUUUCUUGUAUGAUUAUCGGAAAGGUUCCACAGGUAUGGUGGCUUAAUGGUUGGAGUAAGGGGCUUUUUGAGGUUAUUUGGAGGGAAGUUGGACACGAUUACCACGAGGUUUUGGAAUGGCCGAGGAGGAUUGUUGGGUUUGAACUGUAA